CGUCAGCCGUGAUUCAGUAUAAAACAGUCCGGGAGGGAGUUAACAUCGUUACUUUUUUAUAUAUAUUUUAUUUCGACAUACAUACUCAUGUAUAUAGUUUUAAUACAUAAUAAAGGCCUUGGUACAUCAAACAUUCCAUUUAAAAAGACACAAAUAAUUACGUCAGUGCUUUCACCUUUUUUUCAAAUCUUAAACAAUUUUAUUCAUCAAUAAUUCAACGAGUUUAAAUAUAAAUACUUUUUUUUUUAGUCUACAUUUUAAUUUUUCUAAAUUUUUUAACAUUUGCAUUCAAUUUGUUGCGAGUGUCGAAGAAUAAUUUAUUGUGAUCAAUAGUUUAUUAGUUUAAUAAUUAUUCGGUGACCUUGAUAACACGUGAUAGUUUUACUGUUUAUUUCAUUGAUUGAUUUAAGUGAUAUUUAUAUUUAUAUUGAGAGUGUUGUUGACUUCUGCAAUUAUGAGGAUAAAACAUUUUUUGAAUAAAUUUAAAUGAAAUAAUAAAAAUCUUUUACUUUUUAUUUGAAAUGUGAAAGUGAAAAUUUGAAAAAAAAUGGAUCAUUGGAGGCUUAUAUAUAAAUUUUUAAAUUGAAAUCAUAAUCAGAAAUGCCAGUAUGAGAGGAAUACCAAACGAUUCCCUAGUGGAACGUGGACUUGUAAAACCUUACUCAGUAUCUUCAAUUUAUACAAGAAAAAAAAAUGGAAUAAUACGAGGAGUUACAAUAGCUGGAGGAACGAGAUCAGGACGUGGUACAUUAAUAAGAACAUUAAUAUUUGUAUUUUUGGCAACAUUUUUAUGGUUACAACUUAACGUUAUCAGUUUAACUGGUCGAAAUUCAUCAAGUCAAUCGUCCAUUAAUGAGAGUAUUUACGCACUUGUGCCUCAAGAGCUUCAACGAUUUUUGAAAGAUCGAAGAAAUUCGUCAGGUCAAGGUGCCAAUGGUACACUGGGUAUCUAUGGGAAUAGUUAUGAUAUAAACGAUAUUAAAAAAAAUAUUAUAAAAUUAAAUGGCGAACAAAAAAUAUAUAAUGACGACAUAUUUGGUCCAUUAUCGACGGAUGCUCCGAUUAUUGUUAUACAAGUACACUCAAGACUUACAUACCUGAGACAUUUAAUAGUGUCAUUAGCACAAGCUAAAGGCAUUGAGGAUGUAUUAUUAAUAUUUAGUCAUGAUGUCUGGAAUCCAGACAUCAAUUAUCUUAUACAGAGUGUUGAUUUCUGUCGUGUUAUGCAGAUUUUUUAUCCAUAUAGUAUACAAACACAUCCAAAUACAUUUCCUGGUGAGGAUCCAAAUGAUUGCCCAAGAAAUAUUGACAAAAAACAAGCUCUGGCCUUAAAAUGCAUAAACGCAGAGCAUCCUGAUCUAUACGGUCACUAUCGGGAAGCUAAAUUUACCCAAACAAAGCAUCACUGGUGGUGGAAAGCUAACCGUGUAUUCGAUCAAUUAAAUGUAACACGUAACCACACUGGAAUGGUAUUAUUUCUCGAAGAAGAUCACUAUGUAGCCGAAGAUUUUCUUCAUGUAUUAAAACUAAUGGAACGUACGUGUAAACACAGCUGCGAACGAUGUAACGUUCUUUCAUUGGGGACCUAUUUAAAAACGUAUAAUUAUUACGCUGAUUUGAGCCGAAAGCAGCAGCAGCAACAGAAAGGAAUUAAAAAAUCAAUUCAAGAAGGACAGCAAAUUUAUUUGAACAACAAAGCAACCUCAACAUGGUCGUUCCAACUUUUACCGACUCUCUACAGUCAUUACCAGAAGGCCGAAGUGAUACCAUGGAUAUCAAGUAAACAUAACAUGGGAAUGGCAUUUAAUCGCAUUACGUGGAACAAAUUACGUCAAUGCGCUUCACAAUUUUGUUCAUAUGAUGAUUAUAAUUGGGACUGGAGUCUUCAGUAUGUUGCCCAGACGUGUCUUCCACCAAGUAGAGGUGCUGGUGCUGCACCGAGAGUAGAUUCUGGUCUUGUUGCAAUGAUGAUGCGCGCACCGCGUGUAUUUCAUAUCGGUGAAUGUGGUAUUCAUCACAAAAAAAAUAACUGCGAAUCGACGGCUGUGAUUGCUAAAGUUCAACAAGUUUUGAAAUCAGCACGUAAUCAUUUAUUUCCAUCGCAAUUGACAUUAACAAUUGCUGGGGUUGCUAAAAAAACAAAAUUACGUAAAGGUAAUGGCGGAUGGGGUGAUCUACGCGAUCAUCAACUCUGUUGGAAUAUCACAGCAAACCCUGACCUAGUCUUACUUUAAUACUAUGGUAGUUUUAUAAAUUUUGAGAAAAAUUAAUUAUCAAAUUUACUAUUUAUUUAUUUUUUAAUGAUAAUAUAAAAAAAAUAAUAUUAAUAAAAAAUAAAUUUUGACUGAUUAAUAUGAAAAAGAAAAGUAAAUAAAUAAAUAAUUUUAAUGUUUUAGUUAAAAAUUAUUAAUUCGCGUUAUCAAAAAUAUAUAAAUUGUUAUUUUUGUUUUAUUUACGCUACUAAAUAAUGGAGUCAUUUUUUUAUCUUUCCAAAAAAAACAAAGUAAAAAAAAUUAAUUUUAUUAAAGUAGUCUAUAAGCCGAUGAAUAGAAUCUUUGAGACCUAAAACUUGAUAUCGCAUUUUUUGUCUCGAUUUAAAAUUAUAAUUUUCCACAUAAAAAAAAAAAAAUUGAAUUUUUUACUAAUUCUAAUUUAUCACGAAAUUAGAAAAUUUGAUGCAAAAAAAAACGUAAUAAACAUACUGGGAUAUGUAAGAAAUAUGCCUAGAAAUUUUAAAAAUAUUUGACUUUGCAGUAUUCCUAAAUAUUUGUUGUUUUUUAAAUAAAAAUCUGACAUUCUCGUGAAAACUGAAUCAUAUAUUAAUUACCAUGCAUAAAAAUUCACUGUAUCUGCCAAUAUAUAGAGCGUAUAUACGGGAUAUAUAUUUGAUCCAUAUAUGCGUUACAUAUAAGCUCAUAUAUAAAGUUUUUGUGAUCGAUAUAUGUAAAUAUGACCCAUAUAUGCGUUAUAUAUAUGCUCAUAUGAAGUAUAUAUGAUCCAUUUCUCGUCAUAUAUAUGCUGAUUUAUAGAACAUAUAUGAUCCAUAUAUGAAUCACAUAAGAUUCAUAUACAAAGCAUAUAUAAAUUAUAUAUAAGGAAUAUUUGAUCUAUAUAUGCAUCAUAUAUAGAGGUUUUGUGACCGAUAUAUGUACAUAUGAUCCACAUAUGAUCCACAUAUGCGUCAUAUAUAUAUACUUAUAUGAAGUAUACAUGAUCUAUUCACGCGUCAUAUAUAUGCUUAUAUGUAGAACAUAUAUGACCCAUAUAUGAUUCAUAUAUAUGCUCAUUCAUAGAACAUAUAUGAUCCAUAGAUAAGAUAUAUAUGAUAUAUAUAUGCAUCAUACAUAUGCUCAUCAUAUGUAGAGAAUCUAUGAUUCAUGCAUAGGACAUAUAUGCUUCAUAUAUGAGCAUAUGUGAAGUAUAUAUGAUCUACAUAUAGAACAAAUACGCUUCAUAAAUGAGCAUAUAUAUGAUUUAUAUUCUGCUGAAUUUUAAUCGUAUUGAUGCAGACAUUUUUGAUCGACUUUCAAUAUUAUAGGUUAGUUAUUGUAAAAAAUAUGACUACAGUUAUGACUAUAACCUAGAAUUUUAUAAAUUUUAUAUAACAAGUAGGGAAACUUUUAUUCUUACAAACGAAUUAAGUCGAAUAAUAAUAUUCGAAUUUGAAAAAUUACCAAUAAUUUGAAUCUCUCAGUUUUAAUUUCAAAUCGAAUAUCAAUAUUAUAGCCAUGAUAUUUUUAGUACUUUUAAUAAGAAUGAUAAGAAAAAUAAAUUGAAAUUGAAUACUUUUUUAAUCGAAUUGCGGCUUUAUAGACUACUUUAAUUAAAAUUUUAAAUUAUUUUAAUUAAGCUUAUAUUCUAUGAAAUAAGUAACGCGAUGGGCUAAUUUAGUAUAUUUAAAAAUAAGUAAUGAAAUGAAUGAGAAAUAAAAUCUAGUGUUAUUGUCAUCCCAACAAGAGAUUGGACUUCGGGUGUCGUCGGUUUUUACUCCCACUCUGGAUAUUUUAUGUGCUAAAUGUUCUCCCAAUUUUCUGUGCGCUUGCGCAGUUUAUAAACGUUCGGUAGUGGGGGCAAUUUACGGGGUCCAUUCUCUUACUGGGACCACAAUAAUUAAAAACAUAAUUAUUAUAAAAACACUAGCCACAAUGAUGGAAUUGACCGGGGUAAAAAAAUAACCAUAAUAUUUUCGCUAGUAAAAAAAUUAAAUUAAAAAAAAAAAUUUGUUUGCAUUACAAGUAAAUAUUUAACGCACACGCUCAAUAAUAAUAACGAAAACAAAUAAUAGUCUCAAUCUACUAAUUAAUAUUAAUUAUUUAUAAUUAAUAGAUUUUCGAAAUUAAUAAUAAUUUGUUGACUAAUCUAAUAAAUUAUUUUUUUUUUACAAUUUAAUUGUGAAGUUAAAAUAUUCUAGUCAUUCUGUUUUACAGAAUCAGAAUAUAAAUAAUUCAAUUUUAUUUAUUUAUUUAUUUAUAUUUAUGUUAUGAUAUAUUUUAAAAAAUAAAUUACUGGUAAAUUAGGUGACUUUAAUUUUGAGGUUACGAUUAUUUAAUUUAGUUAAUUAAUUAUUCAUAAUUAUACAGUAACGUUAUAGUUUAAUUAGCGAGACUUUGCGUGUCGUAUAAUUUCGGUUUUUUACCCCCAUUAUAUAUCAAGGGUGUAUGCCUUAGGUAUUAAAUUUAAAUGGUGGGGAUAAAAACCGAAAAUAUCUGACAUGCAAAGUAUCGUUAGUCCAACAAUAAAAAAAAAAUGACACAAAAUAUCAAUUUUAAUAAUUUUAUAAAAAUCAUACUUCUGUCU